CGGACCCACAAGGAUAAUUGUUUGGCAAAGAUAGCAAGGGGUGAUCUUGUAGUCGAGCUUCCGUCAUCUUUUGAAGGCCAGGUACACACUCUUGGUUCUUGGCAAUUUAAUCAGACUGAUGCUAGGAGAGCUUUAGCGGAGAUGAUAAUUCUAAAUGAAUUACCAUUUAGAUACGUUGAACAUGAAGGGUUCAAACGCUUUAUGUCCCGUGUUUGUCCUAUGUUUGUGCUGCCUAGCCGACAAACUGUUAGACAAGAUUGCAUCAAGGUGUUUUUUGAAAACAGAGAUGUGUUAAAGGAUUAUUUCAAAGCUAAAUGUUUGGGGAUGGUAUCUCUCACAACUGAUUGUUGGACGUCUUUGUCCAAUCUCAACUACAUGUGUGUUACUGCACAUUUCAUCGGUAGGGAUUGGAAGCUGUAUAAGAAAAUUAUUAACUUUGUUCAGAUAACAAAACAUUCUGGAAUUGAAAUUGGAAAACAGUUGGCUAGUUGUUUGGUGGAUUGGGGCAUUAGGAAGGUCUUUUGUAUCACGAUGGAUAAUGCUAGUGUUAACGAUGUGGUUGCUAUCCAUAUGAAGCAACAGUUGAAAGAGUGGGGAUCAAAUAUUGUGGAUGGAAAGUAUCUGCAGAUGAGGUGUGUGGCUCACAUUAUUAAUUUAGCUGUGAAGGAUGGGCUUAAAGAAACUGGUAUAUCUGUUGAGCGAGUGAGAGAGUCUGUGAAGUGGGUUAAAUCUACACCAACUAGGAGCAAAAAAUUCAAAGAUUGCAUUGAGUUUGAAAAGAUAGUGUCGAAGAAAUUUGUUUCGUUGGAUGUAGCUACAAGGUGGAACUCAACGUAUCUGAUGUUGGAAUCUGCAAAGCCAUGUGAGAAAGCAUUUCAGACAUUAGCCAGAAAUGAGAAGAAAUUCAAGAAACAUCUCAAUGAAAAAAAAAUAUGGAAAGCAAAGCCUUGGUAUCCCAACUUCUGAUGAUUGGUCAAAUGUCGGACGAUUGAUUAGUUACCUGAAGCUCUUCUAUGAUGUGACUGUUCGAGUUUCUAGGACUUCAUAUGUAACUUUACACCUCUUAUUUGAUGAGAUAUGUGAAAUGUAUACUACGAUUUCUGAGUGGGUUGAUAGUAUUGAUUUUGAGGUGGGUUGCAUGGCUGAGAGAAUCAAGUCCAAACUUGCCAAGUACUGGUUUGAAGAAGAGUGGGAGAAUUCCAAGAUCAAUCGGUUGUGCUAUAUGGCCGUCAUAUUAGAUCCAAGGCGCAAAAUGGAAUAUCUUGAAGAAGCUUUGAAAAGGGUAUAUGGUGAAAGCAGGGGGAAAGCUUUGGCCGAAGAGGUGAAAGAUGAAAUGCGUGCUCUGUUUGACCAUUACAAGCAUAGGCUCGGAUUUCAUAGUAGUUCUCCUAUUGUGAUUCAAGAAGGUGAGCAAGAACCUAGUGGAAAUGGAGAUGGGAAGAAGAAAGGAAAGUUUUGGGAUGAUUUCAGGAAAAAGAAAAGAGAGGCCAUUCGGAAAGGAACUAGAAAAAGUUCCAAAUCUGAGUUUGAUAGGUACCUUGAGGAGGAGGAGGAGGAUGAGGAGGUUACACGAGCAAUGGUGGGUUCUGAAGAUGAUGAGUAUAAGUUCGACAUCUUGGGAUGGUGGUCGCGAAGUGGGAUGAAAUAUCCUAUUAUUUUUGAGAUGGCUAGGGAUAUUUUCGCUGUUCCUAUUUCCACGGUUGCUUCUGAGUCGGCAUUCAGUACAGGAGGUCGAGUUUUAGAUUUGUUCAGGACCUCCUUAUCCACUGAAGUUGUGGAGGCUUUGAUUUGCUGUGAAGAUUGGAUAAGAUCUUCUGACUCUGAGUUGGUGGCUGAUGGAGAAGAUGAGGGUGAUGAAGUUGUAUUUCAGAAUGUAUUUGCAGCUUUUCAAACUCGAAGUGCAAGUGCACCUGCAGAACCUAGUGGAAGCUCACAUUCUGCCCAUGUUCUGAUCUCAAGUCCUACUGGGUCACAAGUCGAAGAAGAUUAUUUUGAUGAGGAUUCUGAUGGGAAUGAUGAGACUUGUGUGGAUGUAGAGUCUGAUGAGGUGGAGUGAUGUUGAUUUCUAAUUUAUUUUAGACAAAUACAAUUAUUUACUUCUAUAUGUUCUUAUCAAUAUUGUUACCCAAAGUUGACAUUGUGGAUGUUAUUAGUCUUAAAUGUAUUACUGGAAGGAUAAAAUGUUGGUAAUACCAUUUGUAGUAUAAUGUUAUUUGGUGACAACUUAUAUAAAAGCAACCAACAGGGGACAUAAAUACGAG